CUGUUCAUCAGGGCACUGAUGCUUAGUCAGUGCCACCUGUCAGUGUCCAUCAGUGCCAGCUGUCAUUGCUCAUCCAUGCCACCUGCCAUUGCUGCAUCAAUGCCACAUUUCAGUGCCUACCAGUGCACAUCAAUGCUACAUAUCAGUGCCCAUCUGAGCUGCCUUUCGGUGUCACCCAUCAGUGCCAGUCAGUGCCACCUAUCAAUGCCAGUCAGUGCCCCUAUCAGUGCUACCAGUCAGUGCCACCUAUCAAUGCCCAGUCAGUGCCCUAUCAGUGCUGCCUAACAGUGCUGUCAGUGCCACCAAACAGUGACAGUCAGUG